AUGGACCUCCAACAUCUUACGCGACUGUGCAGUUCUGUCUCAAGGGACAAUUCACUCCCGCUAUUUGCUGUCCUCGCAGGAAUAGCUACUGUGCGAUUGGUCGCCGGGGUUCCCAUUGUGGGAGGCAAGGAUGCAGCCACUAUCAAGCAGAACCGUAUUCGGUUCGUGCACGAUGGCAAGAGGAUGCUUCAAGAAGGCUAUCAAGCAACAAAUGGAGGACUGUUUUAUGUUCCAAGCAAGCUGGGAGAACGGUUGAUGCUGCCCACUAAGUAUCUGGAAGAGCUGAAGUCUGCUCCCAUGCACGAGGUUGAUUUUGUGGCCACUUUUAUUGAGAUGUUCGAGGGAAAGUAUACCACCAUGGGCAGUCGAUCCACCCUUCAUCCCCGAGUAGUGCGACGCGAGUUAAAUAAGAACCUCUGGACGGUAAUGGAACAUGUCCAAGAAGAGGUCAGCGAUGCCAUUGAUGCUAGCUUUCCCGCGUGUGACGACUGGACGGAAGUGGAUGUCGUCGAUCGCAUCACACAUAUUGUGGCGCGUGUAUCAAGUCGCAUGUUUGGAGGCACCACGCUCAGCCGCAACGAAGAAUGGGUUCAGUCCUCGAUUGACUUUGCCACGGACGGAUUCAUCGGCGCGCAGGCCUUGAAAAAGUACCCAGAAUGGUUCAAACCCAUUGCAGCGCGGUUUAUACCCGCUAUCCAAAAUAUUAAGAAACACUACGAGAAUGCCGAAAAGGCGGCCAUUCCGUUGUUGGAAGAGCGCGCUCGGACUGGGGCUACGGCACCUGAUCUGCUGUCUUGGAUGGAUGACGAUGCCAAAGGGACUGAAAAAGAUCGGGAGUUCCUGGCUGGGAUUCUCCUCAAGGUUAGCUUUGCUGCCAUCCACACCAGUGCUGCUGUGCCGACCCAGCUUCUAUAUGAUCUCUGCGCCAUGCCUGAGUAUAUCGAGCCACUCCGGCAGGAGAUUGCGGACAAUACAGAUCCGAAUGGGAUUAUUCCGCGCCAAGGGUUCCAGAAUCUGUCGAAGAUGGAUAGUAUCAUGAAGGAGAGCCAGCGGUUCAACCCUCUCUUGUUGAUCACUUUCGAAAGAGUGGUGACCACGAAUUAUGCCUUGUCAGACGGACUGGUCAUCCCUGCCAACACCACCAUCGGCAUCCCCACGCACGCCAUCUCCAUGGAUGCAGCCUUGUACCCAGAGCCCGAGGAAUUCAAGGGCUUUCGGUUCCACGACUUGCAGAAGGAGAAAGUCUCCGGAGAGAAAGGCCCGCCGGUGGUAUAUGCCACCUCCCACCCGUCCAGCAUGGCAUUCGGAUACGGCCGCCACGCCUGUCCUGGACGAUUCUUCGCAUCAGCCGAGAUUAAGGCGAUUAUGGCUUAUCUGAUUCGGAAUUACGAUUUUAAGUUCCCACAGGACGGGCAGGACCGGCCUCCGAGCUUGUUGUUUGAGACGCAGAAUCUGCCCAAUCCGACAGGGAGGGUCAUGUUCAAGCGCAGAACCUAG